AUGCAUUCGGAAGAGAGCUUUGGCAUUCCAGAGGGCUCUACCGUUCUUGUGACGGGUGUGAAUGGCUUCAUCGGCUCCCAUAUCUGCAGUCAACUGCUGCAGUUGGGUUUCGAUGUCCGCGGAACCGUCAGAGACGUGACAAAGUACGCUUGGGUCGAAGACUUGAUGGAGAGGGAAAACACAAGGGGUUGCUUUACGCUGGUCUCUCUGCCAGACUUGGAAGAGGACGGCGCCUUUGAUUCUCUCGUCGAUGGCGUUUCUGCUGUUAUCCAUGUGGCUUCACCUGUUUCCUUGAGCCCCGAUCCGGAAAGCGUCAUUCCGAGCAGCAUCAAUGGAGCCUUGAACGCGCUCAAGGCCGCCAACAGAUCGCCCAGCGUUAAGCGAUUCGUUCUGACAAGUUCUUCUGUUGCAGCUGCUCUACCGAAGCCUGGUCAGAAGGGUGAAGAGGUGACAACGACAAGCUGGAACAUUGAGUCGGUUGCGGUUGCGUGGGGAAAGCCUCAUCCUCACCAGGCUUGGCAUGUCUAUGCAGCAAGCAAAAUUGAGGCAGAGAGAGCGGUUUGGAAAUUUUACAACCAAGACAAAAGCUGUCGCCCAGACUUGGUUGUCAACACAGUGUUACCUAGCUGCAAUUUUGGAAAGAGCUUGGACGUCAUCAACCAAGGUCACCCUUCAACAUCCUCAUUCAUUGAGAGUUUGUGGUACGGGAUCAACAUGGAUCAACUGGCUUGCAGUCCUCCUCAGCACUUCGUUGAUGUCGAGGACACGGCAAGACUUCAUGUUGCCUGUGCUAUCCUGCCCAAUGUCCAUGGUGAGAGGGUGUUUGCGUGGGCUGAACCAUUCAACUUUGACGCUGUACUCGACAUCCUCCGCAGCGAGUUUCCUAGCAAACAUUUCGUGGAGAACUUCCACGGCUACCGCGACCUCUGCACCGCCGAGAAAGCCAAAACCAGAGCGGCUCAGAUUUUGCGACUAAUGGGGAAAGACGGAUUCACUUCUUUGGAGGAGAGUGUUCUACUGAACAUUGAUGAUCUGCCUUGA